AUGGACGCUGUUCCUCUCAUCGGUACCAUCCCUGCCACCGUCUCGCCUGAGCAGAAGGCGGAUCGUCUUCGUGCCUUCUGGCACAGCGGCCGCCGCAUCCUCGCUCAGCUCGAUGCCUUCACGAAGCGCUGCGACAGAAAGUACGAGGGCCCGAGCCAGAGAUGGCCUGAUCUCGACGAGACUACGCGCUUGGCCAUCCGCGAUGUUCGCCGCAAGGCCGUUGAGCGCUGUGAAAACUACAAGUACACCCGCCGUGACAUCCUUGACAAGGUGUUUGGAAAGAACAACUGGGACCCCAUCGAGACCGACAUGGUCGAGUGGCGCGAGGGCAUGGCGAAUCACGACCCCGCCCUUGACCUUAACGGCGGCAAGAUGGCUCCCGGACCUCAGCCUGCAAGACCUGCCAACGAGUCUGUGAUCUCGUAUCGUGCCGUCCGCCCCAUGCCGUCGCGCGGACGCCUCGUGUCGCGCAACGCCCACGUGUCAACUUCCAGUGGUGUCCAGCGCAAGGUCAUCGAGGUUCCAGCGGCCGCAAAGCCGUACGAGCCGAGUCCAAGCCCCUCGCUGCCUCAGUACGGCGAGGACGAGGUUCCCCUCACUGUCCAGAUGCCAGGCAUCUCAAGCCCUGCUACGGCCAGGGAGUCACCCCAGAGGCCGAGCAUCGUCGUCGGCACGUCAACGUGGUCGCAGGGUAGCCUCUGGGAAGAGAGCGACGCCGUGGUCCCCCGCACCGCUAUCAAGUCCAUCGGCAGUGACGACUCGCUCAGCUCAGACUUGACUGCAUAG